GAAGCGAACAGACGAACGAGAAAAAAAAUCGAUUCCAAGCUGGAAUAUCGGCCUUCCAAAAUAGAUGGACUUUUGUGUGAGAUGUGUUUCUUGACACAAGUGGACAAGCCUGUUUACGGUGUGAUAUAAUGCGGCGGUGCCAUUGGAUUAAUUGCGUAAUUAGGAUAUGUUAAUUUUUCGAAUAGUGAAAAUAAUCGCCAGUGCACAACAGCUGGAGGAACAUUGCAAAGUUUAAAACUGCGUCACCGAAGCGAACUGUUUUUGCGUGGUGUUAGAAAGGAAGGAGUGUGUUGGGUUGCGGGAUAUUCUCCACCGAUGACACAUCGCUUCGAAAUUCGUUGCACUUUGUGAGCUGCUGCUGCUGGACAGCAGUUGGGCCCCAAUGAGUCAUUCUUUCGUCACCUGAAGUUCAAAAUGAUUCUAUCGCGGGGCAUAACGACAAAUUUUAAUUUAAGGCAGUGAUUCUACACUUUCUCUUGGUUCAUCUCUGCCAAGGGCAGCCCCAAGCAUCGCGCCCCCAUUUCUUAAAUAUAUAUUUUUUUAAGUCCGAAAAGUCAGCAGAGGGAGAUCGAUUUUGAAGAUUAUCCAUAUAUUUAUUAGGGUGCGCGCUCGUGUGAUAUAGAGAGAAGUGAUAGAGGUGAAGUUUUUUUUUCUCACAACUGCAAUCAGCGUCUUUAUAGUGGUGCUAGUGUGAAUCAGUGUGUAGUGUUUUUUGGCAAGAAGAAGCGAAAGAAGGCGGCUAAGUAAAUAUCAUAAUAUAACACACAACGCGCGCCAAGGUAGUGGUGAAAGUGGAGUGAUAAUUCCCGUACUCGAAACUGACCCGCCGGCAACCAAUCAACCUCAACCGCCACCUAAGCGGGAGGGGAAUCUCGUGCCACACAGCAGAGGAAGUGUUGAGCCAAUCGUGGCUCCAGAUUCACCGUAGUGCUGGUUGAUCAUCACCGAGCAGCAGCACCAUCUAUAAAGCUGUGCAGUUGUACCCACACACCAUACAAAAUUACUACCAUAGCAGACAAAAACAUGAAAAUGGUGUUGUCCCAACGGCAGCGCGAGGAGCUUAACCAAGCGAUCGCCGACUAUCUGGGAAGUAAUGGCUACACAGACGCUCUCGAGGCAUUUAGAAAAGAGGCAGACAUGCCGAACGAAAUCGAACGAAAGUACGGUGGCCUGCUGGAGAAGAAAUGGACCUCAGUGAUACGGUUGCAGAAGAAGGUAAUGGAGCUCGAGGCCAAGCUUUCGGAAGCGGAAAAGGAAGUAAUCGAGGGUGCACCCACAAAGGCAAAACGUACGCCCACCGAUUGGAUACCGCGACCACCGGAGAAGUUUGCUCUGGCAGGCCACCGGGCUACAGUGACCCGAGUGGUGUUCCAUCCCGUCUUCAGUAUGAUGGUAUCGGCAUCGGAAGAUGCGACUAUCAAAAUAUGGGAUUUCGAGACCGGUGAAUACGAGCGGACGCUCAAAGGUCACACAGACUCCGUGCAAGAUCUUGCAUUUGAUGUACAAGGAAAAAUGCUCGCAUCCUGCAGCUCCGACCUGUCGAUCAAGCUGUGGGAUUUCCAGCAAACGUACGAGUGUGUCAAAACUAUGCACGGACACGACCACAAUGUGUCCUCAGUUUCCUUCGUACCGGCCGGUGACUAUCUGCUUUCCGCCUCCCGAGAUAAAACGAUCAAGAUGUGGGAAGUGGCGACCGGGUAUUGCGUUAAAACCUUCACCGGCCACCGGGAGUGGGUCCGGAUGGUGCGAGUUAACGUUGACGGUUCACUGAUGGCGUCCUGCUCAAAUGACCACUCGGUUCGCGUUUGGCAGACGAACUCAAAGGAAUGCAAGGCUGAACUGCGAGAGCAUGAAAACACAGUUGAGUGCAUCGCUUGGGCGCCAGAAUCGGCCACCGCAGCUAUUAACGAGGCAGCUGGAGCAGACAACAAAAAAGGAGCUCAUCAUGGACCAUUCCUCGCGUCGGGAUCAAGGGAUAAGACCAUCCGGAUCUGGGACGUCAGCUCUGGACUGUGUCUUUUCACGCUCAAUGGUCACGACAACUGGGUGCGGGGCAUAGUGUUUCAUCCUGGCGGUAAGUACAUGAUUUCCGCCAGCGACGACAAGACGUUACGCGUCUGGGACCUACGCAACAAGCGCUGCAUGAAGACACUAUAUGCUCACUCACAUUUCUGCACAUCGCUCGAUAUGCAUAAGUCACAUCCGUACGUAAUAUCGGGUAGCGUGGACACAACGGUGAAGGUUUGGGAAUGUCGCUAAGCGCACACGCCCAACCCAAAGAGACGUGUGUUUUCGUAACUGUAUUUUACUAACUCGAUAGUGAUGAGAUGAAACAACUACACAGCGUAGGAAGUAGCAGCUGAGCAGCGAGGUGUGAGGUAUCUAUUUAAUAACACAAACACAGAAGAAGAAACAAAAAUACACUAACAUUCUCUACAUACACACAUGAUAUGAAUAAACAAAAUGCAAACAGAUACAAUUUCAGCGAAUACCUAUACCGAAAUAUUUAAAACAUAAUAUUUUCUUCUUUCAUUGAGGCAUAACAUUGGUAGAGUAAACAAACUUUCAAUAGUAUGGAAUAAAAGCCACCAAAACAGUCAAAUGCGAGAAAGCAAAAUUUAUACAGCUGUUUAACUGAAAUCGGACGCAGUGAAGCAAGCAUGCAAACUUUAUGGAAAAAAAAACAUUAUCAAUAUUAUAAUCCUCAUAAGUACUAUUCUCUUAGCAAGUAAUCAUGUCUACUGGAAACUGAUGGAAUGUGAAGUGGAAAACGCCACAUUACAAUGGAAUAGAAAAUUUGAUUUGGGCAGGGCAUUUUUAGAACGCAAAUAAGGAACGCAAUCGACAUUGACAUAACCUACAAACCUACAAACGACCGAAUGACGUCAUGACCGAAAAAAAGAACGUCGAAUCGACCAUAGUGGAACAAGAAGAAAACAUCCGAUAACCACCCCCUCUACUCGCGACUGGGAUAACAAUUUGCGAAUGGUUGACUGUUUGUUGAUUAUUUUUCUCUUUUCGCGUCACUGUGUAUGUGUUUCGGUUUGUUUGAACCUCUCCAUUGCUUCGCUAGCAAAGCCUCGGACAGCUGGAUCAAUUGUAGCCUUUUCAUCAGGGGUUGUGACUCGUUGAGAUGCGUCAAGAUUAUGUCCUGUUUGUAUCAAAAUUUCUUCGUUGGACAAGUAGAGGAGCUGACAUGUGGAUGUAAUUUGCUCAGUCUUUUACAACUUUUUUUUUUGGAAAAGCAUGUUUGCAACAUAAAUUUGAAUUUCGAUGCCUUGAUUAGCUGCUCAGCAUUGUUGACACCACUCUCUUACAGAUAUGUAUUACUUAUAAUUCAUCGUUGUUUCAUUUCCUGUAUAUAUCUAAACCUACACGAGCCCUAGAGCCGUAACUCGAUUUCGAGAUAAUUUUAAUCACACAAAUUAGCGAAUACAUAUAUUUUUUUUUAUAAAUGGCCGCAUUAUUUUGCCACCUAUAGUGAUAUGAGAUAAGCAUCGCAGAUCGAAAACAGUUGAGUCCAACGUCGGAAGUGUUCUGAUUUCUGGCGUUGGAGUGGAGAAAUAAGCUGAGUGCGAGCGAACGAGCGAAUGAGUGAUGGUGAGAACGACUAACGUAAAACACGUGCCGAAAACUAAGAGAAAGUAGUCUUCAAAACAUUCAGUCCAUCUUGUAAAAAGUACACACUAAUAACUAAUUAACUGGCGACACGUUGGGGAAUGCAAAUUUACUGAAUAUGAAACAUUAGAAACACUAAGGAACGAUGGUUAUUAAAUUAUUAACUAUAAUUAAAGCUAGAAUACAAGAAAAAAUAAACAAAAAAAUGGAUCUAUUGCUAACCGAAACCAGGAAAAACAACAGCGCAUGUUUUAACUGACGAAAGUGAAUGAAUUAAAUAACUUAUAAAGAAAGUUGCUUAAAAUUAAUGAGUUGAUACUCUAUAUAUAUUUAAGCUUGCUGCAACACAACCUUAGAACCACAACUAUUUAACGAUGGUUUAAUGAAAUGAUCCUUUGCUGAGCACUGUUAGUAGAGAAAACACGAAGAGAAUACAACGCGAUAUUUUUCGAAUAAUUUUCCCAGCUGAUAGAGACACACAGAAAUUGCCAAAUGCGAUUGGGAGGGAUAUUUCUUUUACUGUAUUGUGGUAGAAUCAUAGCUUAUUUUUCUAGUUAACCGUUCCGCGGGACCGCAGCGGACCCAAUUCUCUUUUUCAGCAGUGGAAAAGACGGAAAGGAUUUUUGUUCGCUUAUAAAAAGUUCUGAUAACUUAGUUUGAAGCUAAUUAUUUGGAGUUUUUUUUCUGUAGAAAUGUGUUUUGGAAGUCAUGUGAACACAAAGGUUUGUCUGGUUGUGGAUAUCACUGUUGGAGCUCCUAGAACAAGGGACGAGGAAAAAUAUUUAUAAAUGGGGAUAAUUGUCAUCUGCUUAAACAUUCCUAAACGCCCCCAUUCAGAGGGCCAGCAAUUGAGUUCUCCCACCGUUUCGACGAAAACGAUUUGAUUUUAUUUUAAGCGUACCAGCAAAUAAUAUUUAUAGUCGUAAAUAGUCGAUCUUGCUCCACAUCAACGGUGAAAUGAUAUAAUUCCUAUGUAAAAGAAUGCUGCAUGACAUUGCAGUGGCUCCAAAGUUACCCACACCAGUUCAGCCCUCGGCUCAAUGAUACUUGUGGGGAAUCUAGAUUUAUUUGUUUAUUCGAAUGGCAAGAGAUUUUAGCAGAAGCAGCUAAUUUUCUUAGAAACUUUUAAUGAGAGUGCAAAUACUUUUAGUUUUAGUUUUUAUGAUUGCAUUGAAACAGAGAGAAAGUGUAUCGAAAAUAAAGAAAAAAAUGGAAAAAAACAAUCUAUUCUGUUUAUGGUCCGGAGUAAACAAAAACGGAAAGAAACAAUACCGAUAAGCUUUCUAUCAAAAUGGGUGAAAACGAACUAAUGGUUUAAUAGAUUGACAGAUAUGUUUCGAACAUUCAAACGAAAAACAUGAAUAAAUAACAUUAUAGAUUAACUGCAAACAAAAACUUACGUGACUGCAUAUUCUCUUUGUAAAUACUAUUGAAAAUGGUAAUAAAUACGUUCAAAACAAGAA